AUGUUGGGGUCUCGAUCUGGAUUCUUGGCACUUGUCAAGCGUAAGAAUCCUACAGCAAUUCACAGAGAAGCUCUUGCUUCAAAGACAUUACCAGCAGCCCUGCAUGCUCACCAAGAAACCAUCAUCAAAAAGGUCAACUUCAUCAAAGGGUCAGUCCUGAACAUGCGCCUUUUCCUUGAACUGUGUGAAAAUAUGGAUGCUGAACACCAAGCUCUGUUGUUCCACACCCAAGUCCGCGGGCUAUCAAAGGGCAACAUGCCCACUUGGUUUUAUGAAGAAGUGAAGACUUUCCUGGCCAAUCACAAUAAAGACGAGCUACUCUCCAAGACGAACAUGCCAGAAUUUCAGGGAGACAUCUACGAAGCUGUAAAUGAGCUCAACCGGAAACUGCAGUGCCAUGCUGCUGGUGGUGGCCCGGAUGAUCCUGAUGUUGGAUCAGUUGAUCUUAGUGUUCCUGCUGGUGCAGACUCUGGCAUGAUUGGUGGUGGUGUCUACCAUCUCCCUUGA